GGCCAGUCCCAUGUGGAUGGAAGCCACUGGCCGAGGUGCCUCCUCUGCACAUGAGAGAGCUGGGGCUCUUGUGCAUGAGAAGGAGCUGAGCAGCCGAGUGGGGACCAAUGAGAGCAUCAGCAAGGAUACUGCUAUAGAUAAAUACAUGCUCCUGGAGCCUGGCCAUAGAGAGUGAAGUAAAGGGGGGCCUCAAGACAAGGCACCUUUGGGGGCUCAAAAGAGAUGGUGUCCUAGAGGGCUUCCAGGAGGAAGAGUUAAUGAUGGCUGCUCACUGUCCUGUCUGUGGUGUCCCCGGCAGGGAGUUCUGGCUUGGUUGUGUCCCCGUGCUGCUGGGGUUCUGGCUAAAAUGGGCACAGGUGCUUCCUGAAUAGAAAGAGAUGGUUUCAUUACUUUAUAUAUGCUAAAAUCUCGUGAACUCGGAGUUUUUGCCAAUGUGACAGAGGCUGAGCUAAAAUGGGCUUUCUUGAACUAUAAGUUUGAGGAUGUAUUUUUAUAUCCAGCACAGGGAUUUGUACGUGCUGGAUGCUCUGUAUCUUAGCUAAAUGUUUAACUUAUCUGAGACCAAAUUGUUUCAAGUCCUUCAGACACACGUGGCCAUAUACGGACCCACGGUUGUCUGAGAUAUGCAUCAUUCUUAGCUCUUCACUGAAGGAGUUCCCCAGGGACUUCUCCUGACCAGUAACUUUAAAUCCUAGUUUCAGAUCUGUGUACCAAACAGCUUUUGUUUCAGGUUAUUUGGAGUCACGUUUUUUCGUAAAUUCAUUUCGGCUUAUGUAGAAUUAUUCCAGUUUAUCUAGAUUUAACUUGUCAGGAACUUCUUGGAAUUUCCAGGCAGUUUGACCUCUGGCAUCGCCCCAGAUCUCUCCAUUGAAGGGCUGCAUUUAGGGGGACCCAACUCCGUUCCCUCGCGCCUGAGAACAGGCAAAAGUGCACAGCAGCCUCCUCGAGCCUCAUGCACUUUAGGUAAAAUUUGACUAGACUGUUCUGAGGUUUGACGAGGGCUCACCCUGAUUCAACCUGAGGGUGGAGUCCGCGCUCUCCCGUGUCCAGUAGAGCUGUGCUGCCAGGCGGGUCACCCAGAAACCAGUAGUUAGCGGCUAAGGGGGCUUCAGAAGGGCAUUUGUAAGUUAAAAAAAAAAAGUUUUUUUUUUAAUAAACUAAAAGUUCCUAGAAUAGAAUAAAAAGAUCAAGGCACCUAGAAUAGAAUAUUGCCAGGGCCCACAAGCCCCCUUGUGCCCAUUUCUAGUCACUGCUCCCCAAGGUGAACCACUAUUCUGAAUUCAGCAUCCAUUUCAAACUUUAUAUAAAUGGGUCAUACAGUAUGUGCUCUUUUGUGUCUGGCUUAUUUUACUCAACAUAAUAUCUGUGAGAUUCAUCCCCAUUGUGUGUAGCUCACUCAUAUUCUCAUCACUAUAUAAUGCUCCAUUGUGUAACUGUAGCUCCCUUUAUUCAUGCAUUCCGCUGUCAUGGAGUUUGUGUUUUCAAACACAUGAUAAGGUGAUGUCUAUGAAGCAUGUCGGUGGGGCCCAGACCUAUCCCUUUUAACUUUCUGAAAAGCCUGGAAGUUUCUGAGUCUCAUGAAGAUCUGUAGUGAUGGUUGUCUCCUAACUCACAGCGUGCGUGAGGGAGGAGAGGCCGGAGAAACCCUGAAUGAACUUCUCCUGCAUCUGAAGACGUACAACUUGUACUAUGAAGGCCAGAAUUUGCAGCUCCGACACCGCGAGGAAGAAGACGAGUUCAUCGUGGAGGGACUGCUGAACAUCUCCUGGGGCCUGCGCCGGCCCAUUCGUCUGCAGAUGCAGGAUGACAACGAGCGCAUUCGUCCCCCUCCAUCCUCUUCCUCCUGGCACUCCGGCUGUAACUUGGGGGCUCAGGGCCCCACCCUGAAGCCCCUCAACAUGCCCGACAUUCAGAUCUCAGAGGUGGACGCCCCACAGGAGAGUGACCAGGGGACGAGCCCCACAGACUCCAGGGGCCUGAAGCCCGUGCAGGAAGACACCCCACAGCUGAUGCGCACACGCAGUGAUGUUGGGGUGCGUCGCCGUGGCAACGUGAGGACCUCCAGCGAUCAGCGGCGAAUCAGACGCCACCGCUUCUCCAUCAAUGGCCAUUUCUACAACCACAAGACAUCAGUGUUCACGCCAGCCUAUGGCUCGGUCACCAACGUCCGCAUCAACAGCACCAUGACCACUCCACAGGUCCUGAAGCUGCUGCUCAACAAAUUUAAGAUCGAGAAUUCGGCAGAGGAGUUUGCUUUGUACGUGGUCCAUACCAGCGGUGAGAAACAGAAGCUGAAGAACACUGAUUACCCACUGAUCGCCCGGAUCCUUCAAGGCCCAUGUGAGCAGGUGUCCAAAGUGUUCCUCAUGGAGAAGGACCAGGUGGAGGAAGUCACCUAUGAUGUGGCCCAGUAUAUAAAGUUCGAGAUGCCUGUCCUUAAAAGCUUCAUCCAGAAGCUCCAAGAGGAGGAAGAUCGGGAAGUAAAGAAGCUGAUGCGCAAGUACACCGUGCUCCGGCUAAUGAUUCGGCAGAGGCUGGAGGAGAUAGCCGAGACCCCAGCAACAAUCUGAGCCACAAGAAGGAGGGGAUCCAGACACCACAGGGGCCACCGUUGACAUGAGAAGAUCCACAGUAAGGUGGGCGCCUUCCUUCCACGGAAACGUUUAAAUAUAAACCUCUCCAGCUCCCCACAAGCUGCCGUUUGCUGCCUGGAGCGAGAUGGAGAAGCCAGCAGACAACUCCCCAACCUUGGAUCCUUGCACUCCUUUCUUUCCCUCACAAGGACUUUUGAUUUUUGUUUAUAAGGAGGACCCAAAAAUGUGUGUUUGUGCGCACAUGCACACAUGGUACACAUCUACGUGCCUACCUGGUAUUUUGGUAGUUAAAUUCCAAGCAACCAGCACAAGUGCCAUGAGGCUGGCAGAUGUGCUGCUUGUGGGCAGGAAAAUCAAGGGGGUCACUGGUCUGAAGGGUUUAAGCUGAAGAAAAGAUUCCUCCCCUCAAGUGCCAGGGAGCAGCCACACGUGUCUCCCCACAUUUAGAAGGGGAAGGGACCUCAGCAAGCUCACCUUUCAGAGUAUGUAUAUGUUAGUAGAGAUUCUCCCUGUAUGCCUAGAAGAAUCAGGAUUGUAAGACCCUUGGAAAUUAACAAAAUAACAGCCCCAUGGCCUUGGGGCAGGUCCCAGGAAAGAGAGAGAAACCAGCACUGGGGUAGAUGCAAUAAACCCACAGGUUUUUACACUGGAAACUUUGAUUGUUUUAAGUAACAAAGACAUACAUGAUGAGCUGUGUGGAUGCCUGUAGAGAACGGAUUCUGCCUCCAUCCUCGCCUCCGUGGCCACCUCUAGGACACAGAGGGGAGCCUGAUGUUUCUCUCAGCACGCCCAGCUGCAGAUCCCAACUCUUUGGGACCUUCUUGAGUUGAAGGAAAGGUCUCGUGAAACAGGUCUCGCUGGUUUGCACAUGGUGGUGACUGGCCAGCAUGGCCAGGGCCUGGCCUUGUUCUGGGUGGGUGGGGGUGGCCAGGAAGUUUCCCUCCUUGAGAAAAUGUAGAAGCUCCUUGCAGAAAUGACAGGUGCCCGGGAGUCCGGCCCACUUUCACCUCAACAAGGGGUCUGCCUGGUCUUGGAGCUGAGGCUAUGUGUUUGAAGUCAAGGCUUUAUUCUUUCCAACCUCUGGAUUCUUGCAAGUUGCCCUCAUGUUACACGUUUAGAUGGACUCCAAAAAUGAGGACUUGUCCUGUUACUGACUGAGUGUGGGCUUCAGGGAAGUUCUUUGGGCUCCCCUGUGAAGGUGCCUAGGGAGGACGGGGCUUCUCCCUCAGCUUCUCUGAGCAGCCACCUGGGUGAUCUUUAGAGCAGACCCCAAUAGGAGGAAAGGGCAGGGACGGUCUGUCCCUGGUGGCCCCCAUCGGGGAGAUGGCAGGUAGCUCAGCAGCAGUGCAGCUGCAACAGUUUGAAGAGGAACAGAGAUGCUUGGAGCAGUGUGUGGAGAUCAAGCGAGACCAGGAGCUCCUAACAGCAGGUGUCUGAGUCUUGUUAGGAUGAGAGCUCUCCAUCUCUUCUCCACUUUCUCUCCAAGAAAAGUUUGGAGAGCUGGGCAGUUGAGGAAAUGAGAGGAAAUCGGUGCCUGCAAAAAAAGUAGACCUUUGUAGCAGAGCCCGUCCUGCCCCAGGCACCCUCCUGCCCCCCUCCCCGCCCCUGUGGCCUCCAUGGCCUCUUUAGAUGGCUCCCAGCUGUGGUCUCAUUGUUGACUUUCAAAAAGAUGGCACACUGCCACCUGGCAUUUUGCCGGGGCUUUCUUAAGCAAUCCUCCCUCCUUUGUGGGGACAGCACCACCGGCCCCGUGGGACGUGGACUGGAAAUCCGGAAGGCCUUAGUCUCAAUCACACCUCAGUGGGCUUCUGCAAAACGCACAGAAAAAAUCCGGGGGCGGGGUCAGAGGCGUCCUUUGUUACAGAUGGAAAGAGCAGUUUCGUGAAUGCAUGCAUACUUCCUGAGUUUUGCAUUUGAAAAAAUGACUUGCGAAACUUCUCUUCCAGUUACUUUUAUUUUUGAAUGUUCAAAGCCUUUGUUGGCCCCAAUAAUUCUCCUUGGGGAGUUAGGGAGAACAGUUUUCACAAGGCAAAUUACUAACCACUACCUUUUAUUGGACAGCUAUUUCUGGUUUAUAAAAGUUCUCUUUAAUUUGCACUAGCACUACGAUAGUGUUAAACAUGGAAAUGUUGCAGAAUGUCAGGUCUGCCAGAUCACUCUCUGAGAAAGUGACCCUACGGUAGACUUGGCUUUUUAAAGACGGGGGUCGGGAUGGAAGGGAGGGGAAAUCGUAUCUGACACCAUACAUUCCGUUUAAUGCAAGCCGCACUCUUCCAUUUAGGCCUACCCUGUUUAGAGAUCAUUUCUCACGUCCUAAUAACCCGACCAGGAAUUUUGGAAAGGUUCUUUGAAAUAGCAGCAGCUGAAACAGAGACAUUUCGCCGCCAUGUGGAGCCGGAUUUUCUCACUGGUAUCACAUGGCCUGGCAGCUUUGAACUCCUCGCCUGAUUUGUAUGGGUUUAUGUAAUUGCGUGCAAUGAACCUGAAAUUGUGUGAAGAACAAAAGGCCAGCUUGUAGGGUAUUUUUCCUAACUUGUGAAAAGCAGUACAGCUACAUCUGGCUUGCUUUUUCCAGGGCUUAUGUUACAAGGUGAUCAAAUGAAGGAAAAACCUGAGUCCAUCUGGUUGGGAAGGGGGUCUGUUCCCCCAGUGAUGGUGGAAUUAAGCACAAGGUCACAUUCUCUGUGACCAGGUUAGUGGGAAGGUGAUGAGUUAAGGGGCGGGGGGUUGAGGGGGCGGGGGGUGGUGCCUUGGGGAGGGACUGAGAAGCCCAGGCGCCAGGCUUGCCUGGACGUGUUGGUGAGGAAUGUGCACAUUGGUCUCCAGGCUGGACCGACUUUAACUGGGAGUUGAGGUGGAGGCAGGAGGAGCUCAGGUUAGCCACCCAUCCACGGGGAAAAUGAUGAGACUUGAAGUCAGGGUUUUGGUCUGAAACUUCAAGGAGAAAUAUUCUCACCCUUCCCUCCUCCCAACCGGAAAGAAAACAAUACUCUCUCCUAGACAUCUCCAGAUAAAGACAUUUUAUCAUCAGUGUAGAUAAGACUUUGACAUAUAAUGACCAAAAAAGAAAAAAACCUGUUCUCUGAUGCAAAAACGUCUUGGCAAGAAUUCUUUUCUGCGGAGUUGAGUGAUUAUUUCAGAAGGCCGCAGAAGGGCAAGAAGCACUCAAGAAAAGAGAAGCUCCUUUAAAAAAAAAUGUAUUUCAAAGCUCUGUAACACUGAGAACACGGUGUCAUAGAUGCAUCUCCGAGAAAGACUUCUAUAUCAAUGAGGGAAUUUAUUUCACUGUCUCAUGGCGACCAAGUCAUGAUGUGGGGGCUGAGGUAGGAGACAGAGAUCUCCCUGAGCAUCCUGAGGCAGCGGUGCAUUUUUGAGCAUCUACAAAUGGUUUUACCUAAUCUUGCCUGAAGUGGACGAGACGAGAAAUGAUCUCCUAGAGAGGUAGAAAUAAAAGCAAAUAUGGCAUCCUUUCUUUCAGACGCAAUUGAAAGGUCUUCCCCCCGUCACAGGAGGUUACAGCGCCCCCUGUGUUUUAACCAAGCACAAGAUGUGGACAAGCUGUGAAGGGAAAGCCUGAGUUUACUCUUAGAGUCUUCCCUGGAGGUUGCAGACCUGUCUCCCAGGUUGAUGGUUUCUGGUGUGUAAUUGCUAGUGUUUCUUAAAGGUUUCCCCACUUGUUUUAACUUUGUGAAGUAUUCUUUUCUUAAUUACACUUGCCUUUCAGCAAUGGUACAUGACCUGGUUCAAUGUUUGGUUCUGAACUUAUAAACUGAUGUGUUUAGGAAUCUUAACAUAAUUUGACAAGGCCUCAGUAGGGAGCUGUGAAUUUCUGUAACAUUUUGAUAUGUUUUAAUGCACCGAACUUAGAUCCUGUCAAAAUAAAGCACUUUUCAAAGAGAA